CAUACUAAUGAAAAACCAUAUUCUUGUGAUCAGUGUAGUAAGAUGUUUUCUCAGAGUUCAAGUUUGAAAACCCAUUUGAGGAUACACACUAAUGAAAAACCAUUUUCUUGUGAGUUUUGUAAAAAGACAUUUUCUCAAGCCUCCCAAAUGAAAUCGCAUUUGAGGAUACACACUAAUGAAAAACCAUAUUCUUGUGAGUUUUGUAAAAAAUCAUUUUCUCUCUCGGUUCGUUUAAAAAGACAUUUGAGGAUUCACACUAAUGAGAAACCAUAUUCUUGUGAGUAUUGUAGUAAGUCAUUUUCUGGGAGUUCAAAUUUAAAAACACAUUUGAGUAUUCACACUAAUGAGAAACCAUAUUCUUGUAAGUAUUGUAGUAAGUCAUUUUCUCACCCAGCGCAUUUGAAAACACAUUUGAGGAUUCACACUAAUGAGAAACCAUAUUCUUGUGAGUAUUGUAGUAAGACAUUUUCUCAGAGUUCAAGUUUAAAAAGACAUUUGAGGAUUCACACUAAUGAGAAACCAUAUUCUUGUAAGUAUUGUAGUAAGACAUUUUCUCAGAGUUCA